GAGCGGGCAGGCCCCGGCAGUCGCAGCCAGUCUCGCGAUGUGUGCGCUCAGUGCGGCGUGGCGGUGCGCGUGCGUGCUGGCGCUCGCGGCGGCGGCGCGCGCGGCGCUCUCGGGCCUGUACAUAGACAAUGGUAUUGACCAGACGAUCAUCCACCACUCGAUGACGAAGCACGAGCGGCUGGUGGUGGAGCACGAGAUCCUGGACCUGCUGGGGCUGGGGUCGCGGCCGCGGCGCGCGCGCGCCCCCCCCGCGCGCUCCGCGGCGCCCAGCUUCCUGCUGGACGUGUACAAGCAGCUGGCGGAGGAGCCCGAGCAGGCGCGACCGACCCGCUCCUCCGAGCUCGCGCUGAGCGGCGACGAGCAGCAGGCCAUCGACCAGAGCGACCUCAUUAUGACAUUUCAAAGUAAAAAGCACCACCUGGGCGCGCUACGGCACGGGCACGGGAGGCACGUGUGGUUCGAGGUGGCGGGCGCGCCGGGCGACGCCUCCGCGCUGCUGACGGCCGAGCUGCGGCUGCACCAGUCCUCCACGGCUACUGAGAACCCUGGCGAGCUGUACACGGUUGUGGUGCAUCGGGUUAUUAGUGUGGACUCUAAAGGAGGCCUGCAGCUAGAGCGCGUGGUGGCCACCAACACGUCGGCCGGCGCGGAGGGCUGGCUGGAGCUGAACGUGACGGGCGCGCUGGGCGCCUGGCUCACCGCGCCCGCCGACAACCGCGGCUUCUUCGUCACCGUGCACCCGCACUCGCAGCCUGAACGCAACGUGAAGCCAGAAGAAGUGGGCCUGGAGGAGCGUCGCGGCGUGGCGGCGGAGGGCAAGCAGCCGUUCGUGGUGGCGUUCUUCAAGGGCGGCCCGAGGCUCGGCGCCGCGGACCCCGGCCCCCGGCGCAAGCGCGAGGCACGGCGGUGGCGCAGCCAGGGGUAUUCGGACAACUUUCUGAGGAAUCCACUUAAUGAUACUGCACACUGGACCACGAGGAGUUGUGAAAUUCAAACUCUGUAUGUCAGCUUCAAAGAUCUGGAAUGGCAGGACUGGAUAAUAGCGCCGGACGGCUACGGCGCGUUCUACUGCUCGGGCGAGUGCAACUUCCCGCUGAACGCGCACAAGAACGCCACCAACCACGCCAUCGUGCAGACGCUCGUGCAUCUGCUCAACCCCUCACAGGUGCCCAAGCCGUCGUGCGCUCCGAUCAAGCUGUCCCCGAUAUCCGUGCUGUACUACACCGACGACUCCAACGUCAUCCUGCGCAAGUACAAGAACAUGGUCGUCAAGAGCUGCGGCUGCCACUAGCUGCCUUACCACCACCACUAGGGGUGUAAUUAGUGAUAAAAUAAAAAUAAAAACAGGAUGAACCCCUGAGGCCUGUGUCAUAGUAAGGCCCCCCUUACUAUGCAACUUCUGUAACACUCUUUAUAGGAUCCAUAUUUCUGUUUGUGGUACUCUUUUAUUGCAGGGUGUUAAAUGUCACUAAUCGGGUUAGAUAUGUAUACAAGAUACAAUCGUCACUCGUCACUAAGGCGUUAAUUAAACCCUUACAACGUAUUUGUGAACUCGAUGAAAACGAGUCUAUAUCAUUAGUAGUUAGUAGUAUACGUUAUUAUGUAGUAGAUUGGCCACCUUUACCCAUCCAAUGUUAAAAUACAAAUACAUAAAGUUUUGUAAGUUCGUGGUGUUAAGCUGGGUAUACACUAAGUUCGGCGAUAUCUUAAGCGUCACGCUUCUGCAACUGCUACAAAUAGUGGAUACCUUGGCGCUACCGUGCUCAGUCGUUCAGGGCGGUUACAGGAGCACGGGCAUAAUGGAUACUCAGCUUUAAACGUCUCAGCUUUAAAAGUCACCCAGUCAGUAUACACUGUAUAGGUCUGUAUACCGUGUAUACGUUCAAUAGACUCUUACCAUCUCUUACCAAUUUAGGUAGCUCGAUGUACCAUGUCUACGUAGGUUAUUGAUGUAAGUAAAAAUAUUGUGCCAACAUUGAUUGAAGUCAUUUCUCAUUUGUUUAAGUUAGGAUAAGUAAAGAUUUUGUACAAAGUUUUUAAUAAAUUUUCAAGAAUACUCAA